ACCUCCUCCUCAUUAUCACCACUAUCUGGAUUUGUAUGCUACUAGUCCUUACAUCCACCGUUUACUGCUCCGGCAAUGUCUGCCUUCGACGUUGCCUAGGCCUUAAGAGUGUAGUGGACUCAAGGAACAUUGUCUGUGGAACUCACACCUGAUCUUCUGAUGGCGCCCAGCAAGCUAGUCGCACAUAAGAACUGCAAUGCAGAUGGCAGCGAAGGCUUGGUUCUAGAAGUUCGGAUAACCUAACAUUAUCUGGAAUGAAGUCAAACUGCUGGACAUUCAUUCAGAAAGUGGAGUUCGACAGUGCGAGGUUUCAGUCACCAAACUUCGGACUAUCCACUGUUGUAGUAUGGUGAGCGCAAAGCAGCAGACAAAGCUUUUGGGUGUGGCUAGAGGAGUUCACUAACAGCGAAUCUUUGGCCUCACUGGGCUGGGCAUGCAGUUGAACCACCAGAGCACUAUCACGAGAGUGCAUCUUCUUCUACUCGACGAGUGCCACAGUGCUGCUCCUCUGUGUGUGUGUGUGUGUGUCUCGGACCCAUUCAAGAUAACACGAGUCAGGACCCAGCUCGUUUACGAGCCCCAGAUGCAGGAGAGACACAGUAAAAAAGUUACUCAAAGGUGUCUGCCGUCUGGUAAAGUUCUGGACCAAUUAUCGUUAAUAUUAGAAAGCAUAGGCCUGCCAGCUAGAAAGGUGAUGAGCAUGACAGUUGGUGGUGUCGAGGAAGAUUAAAGGAUCCGAAGAGGCAGCAGCUCGAGAUAGACUUUUUCGGUGGGCACUCAUGAGGAGCACGUCCUUUAGACUUCGGCCUCUACUGCCAUCACCCGGAAACAACAAAGGAGAGGGUGAAGGCGGAGAGCAUGGUCGCUCUUGCAUCCGAGGAUGUGUCUCAAAUAGAUUUUCACCAUGUAUUGCAGUGAGUCCUCGAUGUCGCGACAUGAUUCCUUGUUGCUAUAUGCAUAAAUGUGGUGAAAUCUUGUCUCCUCUCGGCGUUCUCGCCGAGCUUGCAUCAUUCCCCAAACUGCGAUAAGCUGAAAUAAAGUCGAUCCAGGGAUAUCAUUUGUGAAGGUCGUUUGAUCGAGGACAGCUUCAUGACUGGGCUCGAAUAGGCUCACCACCGUCUGGGUAUAUGCACUCUCGCUGACAGGAAGAGGGCACGAAUCAGGCGAUUAAGAUGUGACUCGGAGAAAAUUGCAGCAGAAUUCUAUGCAAUAAAUAGCUCAAAAUUCUUCAUGAUCACGUGGCUGGCCCGUAUCCGUCAUGAUAAGAGUCUUGCGGCAUGAACUGGACCAUCUCGGAGAGGAAUCAGAAAGUGGUGCCUGUGAUACACAGCGCAAGCAACGAUUCUGCUCCGCUCUCUGCAUGACAAAACUCGAGGGAAAGCUGCAGUGACAUACCAAGUGGCAUCUAGAGCGAAAUGUUUUUGUAGUUUUGCAGCUUUUGUCACUGGCCAGUGGACGCCAACUCGGACACGUUACGGAUAGAUAUUUCAAAGCUGGAGGUGCCCGCUUUCGGAAAUGAAAAACAAAGAAUGGUCGUCUGGUCUCAUCUCAUCCCAUCAUGAGCAGUUGAAGUCUGAACAGCAUUUCCAAGAAAAUCUUCCAGUCUUUGCGGCCAGAAGUCAAAGUUGCGACACGGAAAACAGUUUUCCAUCCAAAGGUACCAUCGAAUGAAUGUCCCAUAAAUGGAGGGAAAACAUCCUCGUGGCUUGAAGGUUCCUACAUAUGUAGAUUCCGAAUUCAAUUAUGGAGGUCCAGCAAGAGCUGGGAAGGCCGGCAGCCACCACUCCCCAUUCCCAAGUGCCAGCCAAGACCAGUGUUGUGAUUGUAGAAGAGGAGAAACACUCUCACAUCCGAGACAGAAAUGCUUAAUCUAAGUCUCUCGAGGCUGUUCAUUGCUCCAUCAUGAGGCUGGGAUUGUUGUACUCGUGCGCACAACUUCCUUACUCAGCUGUUCUGCAUAUUUCAUGCAUACACCGGAGGUCGUCUCUUUCAGUCUGGAAUCCUCACUCGACAUCCAUCACAAAAGGGGUUUCCUAGAAUCAGACGGUGGCCAUUGCAAGUUCACUCAGGUCUUAAAAACGUGCUGAAAUGUUGACACCCAGAAGCCAAAGAAGAGGGAGGCCGCUUGAAAAAGUCACCAACUUUGAGACAUCCCAUAGACAUACAGUUCAAGUUCACAUUUAUAGUUCACAAUCUUUCUCAUUCGAGCUCAAAGUGGUGGAUAACUUGUCAAAUGCCCCUAUAGAUGAUCAGUAGGGUUGAGGGGUAGACACUAGUCUCAUCAUUUUGGCGACGGCUCGAUUUACCAGGUGCGAACGACAAGGUCUCCAUCCGCACCUUGUGCACCAUAAUGGUGGAUGUCAUACAGCUGGCCAAUGAUGCAUCUGGGAAGGUUGGAUCUUGGACAACUCCAGGACGAGGUCCGACGAAGUUCAUUGCGGCAUUUCAGGUUGCACUUCUUCAGGCUGGCUCUCAGGAGACGCAGGCUCAGACCCGAUGCAUCACCGACCGAGCAUAUCACAGCUUCAUUGUCUAUAGGCCAGUUGAUACGACGAGUAGAUGACACUCAGAGGUUUCAUACAUUCGGUGCUUUUGGAGAUCGAAGUCAUGUCGAGUCUCAUUAUUGGAAUCAUGAAACAUAUUUUAUGCUCGUCAUGAUUCAACGACGUGUUGAUCUCCGUAUGAAAGGAUUUUCUUUAUUCCCUUCAUUGAAUGAGAACAUUAAUGAAAAUGACAACUGAAUCCCUCGGUCCAGAUCGACUCGCACAGGCCGCAAGGAAAAGUGAUCGAGCAUUGUUGGUAGUACUCGCAUUCAUCCUUUAUUUGGACAUGAGUUUUGGU